CCUGCUCCAGACACGCUAUGGGAGCUAGCUUGUUUGUAUCGAAGUCAAUUUUUAACCCGGGGUUCAGGGACAAGAUCAGCCUCUAAAUCCCACUUUUAGAAUUUCAUUUCUUUUAAACUCAGAUUUUUGGAAUUACUUUUCUGUCUUCUGCACAUAGUCAAGGGUUUGGGGCUCUCAGAGGUACACAGUUCAACCUACUCUUGAGAAAUGCUCUGAAGUGUCCAUGGUUACCCCCAGCCCUCUGUGUUGUUCAGUGUGUCUUCCCGUAGGCCUCAGUGGUGUGUACCCCCAUUCUCCUCCCCUCCUUUUCCAUCCUCUUCUUUUCUGUGUGUGUAUGUGAGAGAGAGAGCAGUGUUGAGGUGAGUGUGUGUGUGUGUGUGUGUGUGUGUGUGUGUGUGUGCGUGUGAGAGGGCUAUGCAGUCGGCGCUCCGCACACACGGAGCAUGCUUGUGAGUGGAGGCUCCGGCCAACAUGAGCCUCCCGAGCCCAGAGCGCGUCCACAGCAUCAGCCCAAACCUGCGUGCACCCUCCUCCCUUUCUCGCUCCCUCCCUCACUCCCUCCCUCGCUCCCUCUCUUCGUCCACGAGCCUCAGCCGCACCGCCUCUCCCGCGCCAGCCAGGGGGACAGCUCCCGCAGUUCCCACGGUGACGGUUGCCGAGCGCCGGCCUGCCCCAUGGAGGAAGCCCAAGGCAACACGCUGGUCGUCCGCAUCGGCAUCCCCGACCUGCAGCAGACGAAAUGCAUGAAGUUUAACGUGGAGUCACCUAUCUGGCUGUCUAAACAGCGCAUCCUUUGCGCCUUGAACCAGAGCCUGAAGGACGUGCUGAACUAUGGCUUGUUCCAGCCUGCGUACAACGGCAAAGCGGGCAAGUUCCUGGAUGAACAGCGCACUCUGAAGGAGUAUCCACUUCCCGGUGUCACUCCCAUACCAUACCUAGAGUUUCGCUAUAAGAGACGUGUGUAUACACAGACCCACCUGGAUGACAAGCAGCUGGCCAAACUGCAUACUAAGGCUAACUUGAAGAAGUUUAUGGAGUAUGUUCAGCAGAGGAAUACUGAGAAGGUUUCAAAGUUUCUGGAGAAAGGCCUCGACCCAAAUUUCCAUGACCCUGAGACUGGGGAGUGUCCAUUAACGAUGGCGGCUCAGUUAGAAGGCUGUGCAGAGCUCAUUAAGUUGCUGAAAGGUGGAGGAGCUCACCUGGACUUCAGAACCAGAGAUGGCAUCACUGCUCUCCACAAAGCUGUGCGCACAAAAAACCACACAGCUCUGAUAACACUGCUGGACCUGGGUGCGAGUCCGGACUAUAAAGACAGUCGGGGUUUGACUCCAUUGUACCACAGUUCCAUGGUAGGAGGCGACCCCUACUGCUGUGAGCUGCUCCUGCAUGACCACGCUCAGGUGGGCUGCGUGGAUGAAAACGGCUGGCAGGAGAUCCACCAGGCUUGUCGUCAUGGCCACGUGCAACAUCUGGAGCACCUUCUCUUCUAUGGAGCUGACAUGAGUGCGCAGAAUGCUUCUGGAAACACUGCCCUACACAUCUGUGCCCUCUACAACCAGGAUAGCUGUGCGCGUGUUUUGCUGUUCAGAGGAGCGAAUAAAGAGAUAAAGAACUACAACAGCCAAACUGCCUUCCAGGUGGCUAUUAUAGCUGGAAAUUUUGACCUGGCAGAAAUAAUAAAAGUUCACAAAGCAUCAGACGUUGUGCCUUUCAGGGAAACGCCUUCCUACACAAACCGCCGGCGCGUGACAGUAGGAGGUGGCACUCUGACCUCAUCACGCUCCCUGCUUCGUUCCGCCUCCGACAACAACCUGAACGGGGCUGAAACAGGUACUGCCCAUUCUCCCGUGCCCUCUCUGCGCAGUCUUCCCCCUCUGGCACCCCCUGGAGGGGAGGCGGCAGCCGACGGUAGCCUGCAGAGCACCGGCAGCUCCCGCUCCUCCCAUUCACGCUCACCUUCUCUACACCGUGUCAGCGAGGAACCCGACACGCACGUCCUGCGCAGACACCCCACAUACACACACGGGCGUGGUCGCCUCAGCCCUGGGACGGUGCAGCGGGAUGUCAGCCCUCCGCCCGCCGGGCCCUCGCACACCCUCGCCGGUGCCCGCGGGCCCAAACGGAAACUCUACAGCGCCGUGCCCGGGCGCACCUUCAUCGUGGUGAAGCCCUACACACCCCAAGGAGAGGGAGAGAUCCAGCUGAACCGUGGAGAAAGGGUCAAAGUGCUCAGUAUAGGAGAGGGGGGCUUUUGGGAGGGCACAGUUAAAGGGAGGACCGGCUGGUUUCCUGCAGAGUGUGUGGAGGAGGUGCAGAUGAGACAGUAUGACCCUCGUCUGGAAACAAGAGAGGAUCGUACGAAGAGGCUGUUCAGACACUACACUGUGGGCUCCUAUGACAACUUUACCUCCUACAGUGAUUACAUCAUUGAGGAGAAAGAUGCCAUGCUGCAGAAGAAAGAGAACGAAGGUUUUGGUUUUGUCCUACGGGGAGCGAAAGCGGAGACACCCAUUGAAGAGUUUACCCCCACACCUGCCUUCCCUGCACUGCAAUACCUGGAGUCUGUUGACGUGGAGGGCGUGGCCUGGAGGUCGGGGCUAAGGACAGGUGACUUCCUCAUUGAGGUGAACGGAGUGAACGUCGUGAAGGUGGGCCAUAAGCAGGUGGUGUCUCUUAUCCGGCAAGGCGGGAGCAAUCUGCUGAUGAAAGUGGUGUCGGUGACACGCAAACCAGAAACCGAAGAUGUGGUCAGGAAAAAGGCACCACCGCCACCCAAGAGAGCGCCCAGCACCACGCUCACGCCAAGGUCCAAGAGCAUGACUGCUGAGCUUGAGGAGCUGGCAUCUGCAAGGAGGAGACGAGGAGAAAGGCUAGAUGAAAUUUUGGCCUCUCAGGAGUCAGCAAUGAGGCCGCAAGUGGAGACAGACUACAGAGCAGCCACGGUGAAGCAACGACCAACCAGCCGUCGAAUUACACCAGCAGAAAUCAGUUCUCUUUUUGAGCGGCAAGGUCUUGCUCUCCAUGGUCCUCUUCACCCAGCACUGGAAAAAGCUCACAUUCAGCUGCCCAAAGGCAUGUCCAGAACCAAGUCCUUCGGAGCUACUGAGGAGGACCGGCUGUCUGCCCUGGCGGCAGAGCACAGGUUUCCACGGAGCUCCUCAAUGACAGACACCCUGAGAGACAGUCACAGCAUCCCACCUCCACCUCAGACAGCACCACCUCCUCCACCCUCACUUUACUACCUGGAUAUGGGUCCACCUCCACCUUUCUGCCCACCCCCUCCUCCGAGCCGUGUUCAUGACCCCAGCCGCUCCAGCUUUAAACCGGGCUCAGAGACUCGACUGCAUGGCCUACCACAAACCAUGUCUGCUGAGCUGUAUGAACCCCCUCGCCACAGUGCCCACAUAGACCGACAGAAGAAGGCCCGUUCCAUGAUUCUCCUGCAAGACUCCCACCAUUCUGUAGAGCCCACAGACAUCCCACGGCCUGGCCAAGCCUCCACCCCACCAGAGAGAAUCAAACGCAAAGGACGUGUUAUUGACAACCCUUAUGCUAACGUGGGCCAGUUCAGCAUGGGCCUGUACACCCCAUCACCCAGCAAGCCCCAGCGCAGGAAGAGCCCACUAGUAAAGCAGCUGCAGGUGGAGGAUGCCCAAGAGCGAGCCUCGCUAGCACUGGCUUCAGUCCACUCCAGGGAACAUUCACCCACAGGCCGACUGGCAGCUCACCAUACUAGCAGGGCAGAGUAUUACCAGCAGCAGCUACUACAGGAGCGCAGUCGAGCUCAAGCGGAGGGUCUACUGCAGGGCAAAGGCCAUUUUGCUGCCGCAAUUGCCGGUGCCAUCAAGGACAGGGAGCAGCGUCUUGAGGAGCGGCGAAAAUCCACAGUCUUCCUGUCUGUGGGCACCAUGGAAGGCAGCUCAGCCCCACCACUGGAAUCCCCCUUACUAACACAGUCUCAUUCUGUUGAUGAACGCCUGCUCACCAGUGAGCUUGCUCAGCUGCCUCCACCCGCCCUGGCACUGCGACCCUCUCAAAGUGGCACAACAUUCAUCCACCCAUUGACUGGGAAACCCCUUGACCCCAACUCCCCUUUGGCACUUGCGCUGGCCGCAAGGGAACGGGCUUUAACUUCCCAGAGCCAAUCCCCUGCUAGCAGCCCUGAGCCUAGGACUAAGCAUGAGGCUGCUGGUGGAGUGCUGUUUAUGGACACCCAGACCAAAGAGGCUGAGGGCGAGAGGGAUCUUGCAUCACGCUCCUUUUCCCCUGGAGAAAAAAGGAGCUACACAUCCACCCCCACUAGCAAGAUCUCAUGGGGGACCCCAAAAACCACAAGAAAGGAAACAGAGACGGGAACAGAGAAGAAAGAGGAGCGAAAAGUAGAAGACAAGAAGAGCAUGAUCAUCAGUAUCAUGGACACAUCGCAGCAUAAGACUGCUGGGCUUAUUAUGGUUCAUGCAACUAGUAAUGGACAGGCAGUAGGACUGGGCCCAGAACAUGUUUCCCCUCCUCCCAAAGGCAUCAUUUCAGAGAGCUCAAAGCCCACAUUAGCUGAAAUCAAGCGGACCAAGUCUCCCAGCCCAGAAGCAUCCUCCACACCAACUCCAACCCCUGCCACACCCUCAACCCCCCAAGCACCCACUAGUCCUUCCUCAGAUAAAACAGCCCAGGCAUCCUCUAGCCCAUCUUCAGAUAAAACUCUGGCCCAGGGAAGCUCAGAGGAAGAUGUGGAGCCCUACUCUGUUACCUUACCACCUGCCAUGCUGUCCUCUAGUGAUGAGGAGACACGGGAGGAACUGCGCAAAAUUGGUGUGGUUCCUCCACCAGAUGAAUUUGCAAAUGGUCUCCUAGUGAAGGCACCUGCAGCUUCUGCUGCACCUUCAACAGCCAAGCUAGUGACCCCCUCAGAACCAUCCUCAGUCACAGGUCCCACCCCUCCAACCGCAGCCGCAACAGCAGCACAGGCCCCUGCCACCAGCGGCCCACCAGCAUCCUCAGGGAAGCCAUCUGAACCCCACCUGGGCCCAGAGUCUGCUGCUGAUUCUGGAGUAGAGGAAGUGGACACUCGCAGCUCCAGUGAUCACCAUCUGGAGACCACAAGUACCAUCUCCACUGUCUCCAGCAUGUCCACCCUAUCCUCAGAGAGUGGCGAGCCCACUGACACCUACACGUCCCAUGCCGACGGCCAGACCUUCAUCCUUGAUAAGCCGCCAGUGCCUCCAAAGCCAAAGCUCAAGUCUCAGCUCACCAAGGGCCCAGUAACGUUCAGGGACCCCCUGCUCAAACAGUCCUCGGAUAGUGAGCUGCUCUCACAACAGCACGCAGCAGCACUGGCUGCUGCCACGGGGACCUCGGGCCCAACAAGACCCCGCUACCUCUUCCACAGACGCUCCAAGCUAUGGGGGGACCCCAUAGAACCCCGCCCGCUUGCAGGCGCAGAGGAAGGCAAACCCACUGUGAUAAGUGAGCUCAGCUCCAGACUGCAGCAGCUCAACAAGGAUACAUGCUCACUUGGUGAAGAACCACUCAUAGGCUCACUCGACCCUGGACGAAAGUCACCUGUGGCUGGUGCCAGACUCUUCAGCAGUCUAGGGGAGCUCCACACCAUCUCUCAGAGAAGUUACGGCACCACUUACACCAUCCGACCAGGCAGCCGAUACCCAAUGACCCGUCGGACACCCAGCCCUGGCUCUGCUUCCCCAGAUCGUUCAGAUCCACUCGGACCCAUCCGAGGCUUCGGCCUGGCUACCUCGCCCACCGCGGCCCCCACCAUCCUAAAAUCCUCCAGCCUCAGCCUGCCCCAUGAGCCGAAGGAAGUGCGCUUCGUCAUGAGGAGCUCAAGCGCCAGGAGCCGCUCACCCUCACCUGGACAUUCCCCCAGUGUGCCCUCGCCACUCCUUACACUGCGCCCCUUCCAUCAGAAACCCCUUCACCUGUGGAACAAGUAUGAUGUGGGUGACUGGCUUGCCAGCAUUAAUCUGGCUGAGCACUGUGAGCGCUUCCACGAGCACGAGAUUGAGGGCUCCCAUCUCCCAGCCCUCACUAAGGAGGACUUUGCCGAGCUGGGUGUGACACGUGUAGGCCAUCGUAUGAACAUUGAGCGUGCCCUAAAGCAGCUGCUGGAAAGGUGACCCCCCUCAACCCGCUCUGUCUGUAGCUAGUCUCAUCACUAAAAUUCUUUAUUUUUCUUGUUAUUGUUGAUUUGUCUUUUCUUAUUUAAUUCCUGAGUUAUCAUUAUUGGUUCCAUGGGAGUAAGCCCAACUUAUUUAGUAGCAAAUUUGCCCCAAAUCCCUCCCCAUCACACCAUCAGCAGCCAAUUAGCCAGGUUUGUAACAGGGCUGUGAAAUGCAUAAACAUAUAGAAGCACCAUUUCAGUGAAAGGUUGACUUGCAUUAUUUGGUUUUCUCUCCUCUCCAACCACUUUCCCUCUCUUCCUAUACCCUUGCCCUACUGGGAAAACCCUAGCUGCCCUAUAUCUUACAAAAGAAAGGAGGGAUGAUGUUGGAUGAGGGAAGCUGAGUUGCCUUUCUGAAUAUUUUUGUAUUGGAUGAGCAGAGUGGGUGUGGCUGGGUUGUCUCUACCUUCCGCCUGCCCUCUUCUGGCUGAGGGACAUAUUACACGUGGAGAAUGUUAAACCAACACUAGUGGCUUUUUUUUUUUCAUAAUCAGACUUUUCCUUUGGGGGACCAAAAGGAAUGUGACGUUAAAUAGGAUAUCUCAAUGUAUUUACAUAGCUUUGAAAAGAAAAAAAAAAAAGGAGAGAGGCAGAAAACAGACAAGAUGAACUGUGCACAACUGCACUAGUCUCUCCCCCUUAGAUGAUGUGAAUCCCAUCAAUAAUUUAUUCAUUUAUACCAAUUAUAUACAUAUAUAUAUAUUUGAAAAGUAUAUAGAUAUAUGAAUAUAACAUUUUGUCAUAAAUAUAAAACUUAUAUAUGGUAUUCUAUUUAAAGACACUGUCGAUUUUUUCCUAAUGUUCAUCCUUUUAUGGACUGUAGCAUGAAAGUCACAUGAUACAGUGUGACAGCUAUCAGAUUUGUUAACAGUGACUUGUACCAUGCGCGUUUAUUUUAUUUUGUUUUCCCCCUUACAUGGGUUUAUUGUGGUUUAACAAAACUUGGUCUUCCGUCUACAAUUAUGGCAGCCCACAGUGGACAGUGUGUGUGACUGACCCCCAUCUCACACACAAAUACACACUGCAAAGUACUUGACAUCUCUGUCACGCUGUUAACAGCUCUUCAUGCACUUACACACAUUAAAACUCCUCCAUAUCAAAUUUUAUUCAAACUCUAAACCAUCUUUAAUUUGGUGAAUUAGAAAUGAGCUGUGCAAUAAAAGAGUGCGUGUGUGUGUGUGUAUUUGCGUGUGCUACGAUGGGGCCACCGUGGGACAAGUUGUGUGUUUCCCAUACACAGUAGCUCAGCUGUGUGCUACUGGGAGGUGUUGAACAACUAAAAAAAAAAAAAGAAGACAGACUCUAUAAUUGUAAGAGAUUUUCUGUGCCACUACACAGGGGCUUGUGUGGCUCAGGAGCUCUUCAACUCUAAGCACUGACGCAUUUGGGCAGUUCAUUUGGAUUUAUUGUUUAUUUGUUUUUAUUGGUUUUCUGUUAAGCCCCAUAGUAUGUGGAUUUUGUAGCUUGUGAAAUAUAAUGCUUAGAAUAAUUUUUAUCAAUUAACUUAGAAUGAAUUUUAGAAUGACUAAAAGGGUUAAGCUGAAAAAACAAAACAAAACAAAAAAAAAAAACAACGGUCCUUUCCAAACUGUAUAUAUGGACAAAUUAUGAAUUAUUAGGUUUUUUUUAUAUAUCAAUCACAAGCAAUGUAUAUAUGAUAGUUUUCAUAUAAAUUUUUAAAAAUUCAAAAAAUAUAUAGAUCUAUAUAUGAAUGUUUGGCAUAUAUGCAUAGUUAACCACCUGUGGAAAAAGGUGAAAAGAUUUUAUUCUUUGUAUGGACCGAGUUUGGGGAUGAUUUGCACAAAACAAGGUGCUAGCAUUCAAGCCAUCCAUUCUCACGUGUCUGUGUCUGCACUUUCCUCCAUCACUCCAUCCUCUCGCAAAGAAAUCGCAUCUGAUAUCUGUUUAACACAAACUACAAGGAAGAAGGUGAGGGAUCUGAAUACAAACUGGCAAACGUGCAUACAGUGGACAACAGUCUGUAUCUCUGCUAUUAAGAGCCCACGCUGAACACACACUGAAGUAGUGAAUACAUCUGUACUCACUAUCUAUAUGCAGCCAAGGAGAACUGUUCUUUCGCAGAACCAGUUCAUCUUUCCAAUGAAGCUUUUUGGAGCCAUGCCCCUUGCACCAAGAAAGAACACUGUGUUGUAAGACCUCUUUUCUAGCGGCUGUAUCAUUUCAGAGUCACCACCACCACCACCAUAUUGGCUGAGUCCAGAUCUAAACCUCAGCUCCUUCCGCUGUGCCCUUCUAGCAGACAGGCCCGAGUGACGACUGGCUUUGUGACAGUCAUUAAUCCAGCCUCGCUUCCAGAAGGUGCUCGGUUAUCUUUGAAAGACUUGGAAAUAGGGAUAUUUGACUAUUACAAGGCUUGAGAAGGGAAAGCAACAAGCUGGUUUCAGUCUCAGAUGCUUCAUCCAUGGCUAAAGCUUCAGAAUUUUGAGGGCUGAUUGUUCAUUGCACCUUGGUUUAUACACAUUUCAGUGUGCAAGUCUUCAACAGGAGCAAACUAAAACAUGCCUUUAAAAGUUAUUCAAGAGUUUAGUUUGAAGUAGAUGCGAGUAAACAAGAUGAUCUCACAUUUUCUGGUGGACUAUGAGAGAAGCUCUAUUGGUUGGUUGGUUGCAAUGUCAGGCAAAUGACCUGUUUCUCUGUAAGUAGGCGGUUCUUCUGCACACUUAGUGAAGAGACGUCCCAGACUCUCUAGCAUAUACUAGUAGGAUGGCUUGUGAGACUAGGAACAACCAAACCUCAUGUUUUUAAAACAAUAGGAAUCUAUCAGAGAAGUUUAUUUUUUAAAAAAAGGGAAUCCAGGGAAUUUAAACUCUUGUCUUAAAACUCCCCACUAAAUGAAUUCACCUACACUGAGAGUGGAGUGAGCAGUGAACAAACGUACAGAAAUUCAAUUCAUGUAAUGCCACCAUACUGCAUAAAUAUGCAACUUAACGCUAGAAUGGCACCAUGGAAAAUUAGGUUUAGAAUCAGGACCCUGAGAAAACUGUGACUUACAUUCAUGUUCUACACUGCAGAUCAUCAUUGAGCCUCUAUGAGACUUGAAAAUAUGCAUUAACAUUGAUUCGAUUGAAUUUAAUCCUAGCAUUUACUCAUUUUAUGGUUGUUGUUUUUUUUUUUAGAUCAGUACUUUCAAUCUGGACACGCAAUUAAAAGCAAGAUGUACAAUGUUUGGCGUAUGAUUGUCUCAUACAGCGCUCUUUCUCAGAGCGAGAGAUGAUUAGUGUCUGUAAUUGAUGUAGUUCAGCUCAUCUCUGGCGCUCUGAGCCUUUGUGUCACAAUCGCCAUUAAUCUCCCUGUUUUAUUGGUCUGCUAUAUUCAUAUACCAUCACUCUUCUCAUCCCCGUUCCCAAUUCUGGAAUAUUUACUUUUGUGUUUGUGUCGAUAUGAAGUGCUUAGUAAUUAAAACGUGAAGGAUUAAAAGAAAAAAAAUAUAUAACAAUGUGCCAAAAAGUGAUUAGUUUUUAGCUAUUCAUUGACACUAGUUCUGUUGAGAUUUAAAGCUGUUAGAAUCAGCACUAUGGUGCCACCUCCUGGAAAUCUUGAGAACUCCAGACAUUUCCUAUCAUGCUUAAUGCACUUUUUUCUUCUUUUUUUUUCUUACUCAGUUAGACAUCAGAUACACUUUUAUGUUUUGUAGAAUGUUACUCUAACUUGUAAUUGAUCUAGUUUAUGGGCUUUUCAUGUGGUUUGAAUAUGGGUUUUGUUUCGGCUUAACUCCAGUAAGCCUUUGAGUGCGUGACUGCAUUAGAUAGCUACCUUUAAAAGCCUUCUCCCUUCCUCUUCAGUGAUGCGCCUCAGAUACUACACAAAUUUGAUCCUCUUAAAAGAAGAGAGAGAGAGAGAGAGAGAAUGGCAAUGAUUUCUUUGUAACUUUACUAUAUUUAAACAGGAUCAGUUGGGGUAAAUGUUAAAUAAACUUACAUCAUUAACAUUACCAUGCUCUGUAGAGUUGUCACUCGUUUCCUGACCAACAAAAGCACAAUAAAAAUGGCAAGAAAUGCA